AUGUCCUCAGUUCGACCAUCGAGGUCAUAUCACUUCAUACUCCGUAUACAAUAUCAGCCAGGUGGCAAAGCGCAAACGAUCUCUGACGCAGCCACUCGGUCCGAGGACAUUAUGCAGGCCGACAUGGAUCGUAUACACUCGACUUUUCUUACCGAUGAUCUGACUGCUAUGCGCUUUGGGAGUGCUAUACCGAAGAAAGCAAACGUCCGGGUCUCGGAGUCGAAACAGGACGCGCUGGAGUUAAACUAUGAGACAUCACAUUCUACCCUGCCGUUCGCUUUGAAGUCGCAUAUGAGGGAUGUGACACCCGAUCAGUUGAGAGAUCGCUCGGUCUUGUCCAUGGAGCUCUUUGAUCUUGAAGGAACCUCGGCCACUCGCCAGCUCAACUCUUACGAUAGGCCGGUGCUGACGAAACACGCAAACGAGGAGCGGAGUAUACCUCGCCGUGGCACAAGCUUGGACGAUAAGACACAUUCGUUCGCAUCGCGCUCCUAUUUGCGAGACACAGAUCCAUCUUCGCACCACUCUGGCACUCGCCCACCGAUGUCCUCAUCUAUCACCACUACCAACUCCACGUCGGCCGUGCCUACGACCUUGACGCUUGAAACUCUCUCGUUCGUAGGGGACUCUGAACAUAGGCAUAGAUCAACCCCUGAUUCUGAGUUAGCGAACACACCGCAGUCGGCAUCCUGGUGGAAAUCAAAGCCUAAGCCGCAAAACCUCGACGCUGGUCAUUCACACCAUAACAAACAAUCCGGAUCGAACGCGAUUCCUCUCGGCCAUGGUAACGUUACUCGUGGCCACCCAGCGGUGUCGUUCUCAUUAGAUUCUAGUAUCGCACCUGUCGACGAACGUCCGAGAACAAUUCUACCAGGUUCUUCUACUCCGUCCUCUUCGCGUGAUACUUGUCGACGAGAGGAUCAUGAUACAUAUGCACAUGAGAGCAAGGGAUUAUCUUCGGCGACUACUAGGCUCCAUGAAGAGCUGCACGCCCAGGCGGAAGAGAUCAGUGGAUAUAAGAGGACGGUGGAAUUACUACUUGAGGGAGAGCAGGAAAUGAAGGAGGACCUUAGGCGACUGAAUAACGAGAAGGAGCAGACUUUAGAGGUAGUCAGGAGAAUGCAGGAGGAGGCAAUUCGGGACGAGGGCUGGGAUGGAGUUGUUGCCAGUAGCGAUCUGAUGACUGCACUUCACUUAAUUGGUCAAAGUGUCAGCAGCAUGAAAGCCUCGCUCCAUCACGAACGAGCGGAACGGCAGCGAGUCGAGCAACAGUUGCAAUCGGAGAGGGAAGCCAGAACCAGAGAUUUGAACGACAUAGCGAGGGAGUGUAGGGACCCCUUUGUCGUUCCGGCCCUCCUCGAUGCCUUUCUCAAGUUGUCAAAGAUGUCAAACGACGUUAUGUAA